UAGUAAAGAGCUCAGCAGCUUCACCGCUUCAGUCUGAGACUAAUGAUGUGAGGAUGAGCUACAGACACAUUAACACGGAAGUUCUCACCUCCAUCCACUUCGAGCAGAGACGCUCUGCAGACGUUAGUCCUGAUCUUCUCUCAGCUCCACAUGUCAAUCAGACUGACUCGCUCCGAGUUUCAGCUCCACUCAGACCUGCAGGAUGAGGACUGUUUAUCUGGGAAUGCUGCUCUUAUUCCAAAGCGCUGUUUCCUCCUUAACGGAGUUCAGCUUUAAUGGAGAGAUCAGGAACUUUGCUGUUGGAAACGGGAAAGUGUUCGUCGUCACCGACUCUCAGCUCCUCCAGAUGAGGCUCGAUCUAGUAGAGGAAAAACAGAAGGACAUACAGAACCACAGACACCAGAACCGAGUUAAUAUUUUACUGCCUUUCGACGCGAAUAAGACCCUGAUAACCUGCGGAACCUCUGACUGUGGAUACUGUGAACUCCUGGACAUCAAUGACAUCAGCAGAAGUGUCUACAGGGAGGAUGUUCCAGUGGGAUCAUCUGUUAAUAAAUCAUCUGUUUCUUUUAUUGUGGAUUUUGAUGAAGGAACAGAGAAAUACAUGCUGGUUGCCAGAGAAAAGGUUCCUGAUGAGUGUGUCUCUGAUAAAGGAGUUUCUCUGCAUAACACUCUGGAAUCUCAGGCAGGAGGAAUUUUCUCUAAAUCAGGCAAUGAGCCAACUGAAGCCAGGAUUUCUCCACAGAGUGAUGCUGAGUGGAUUGACGGCUUCCAAUCAUCUUCUCCCUCUCACUCGUACCUGCUGGUGAACGUUAAGUCUAUAACAGGUCCAGCUGUGGUGGUCUUAAGGAUGAAUAACAGCCGUAGUAAAACUGAAAUGACCAAGUCUCUAGAAGGUGCAGUGCUACAGUGCUGUGAUGAUAAAGAGCGUAAACAGCUUUUGUCCUCCUCUGUAGUUCUCUCCUCUGGAUCUCCUCUUCUCUGGGCGGGAAUAUUCACUGCACAAGAACCGAACGACCCCCAGAAAACUGCUUUGGCCAUUUACGACCUGAGUCAGAUCAGAGACCGAGUACCUUCAUAUUUCAGCUGUACACCAAAGUGCAGAGCUCAGAAAGGAGAAGAUGUUCUGAGGCCUCUUGCUGUGGUGCUCAAACACAGUUCAAUGUCAUCUGUAGCAGCAGAAAAGAAAGGAUCCUGGAUUGAGCUCUACAUCGGAACUGCUACUGGACAACUGAUGAAGAUUGUGCUGGACAAGGCUUUGAAUUCUGGCUGUGUGACGGUUCUGUACAAAUCUGAUGAUGACAGGAUGGUGUUUCCCAGAAUGCACUUUGAUCCAGUAGAUCAUAAAUACAUCUACAUAGCUUUGAGAAAUCAGAUCCAGCGAGUAGCAGUGACUCAGUGUGGUAUGUACAGCACUUUGAGAGACUGCAGAGCUUCUCAGGAUCCGUCCUGUGGCUGGUGUCUGAAUACAAGCAAAUGCUCGACUAAAGAUGAGUGUUCAGCCUCUCCUUGGAUCUCCAUUCCUGAAGAUUCUUUUCAGAAAGAGCUGAUUUCUUUUCAAGUGACUGAACUCUCCACUGAGGUCACUAUGAAUCUCUCCUUGAAUGUGGCAGGACAGUCUCCCUUAACAUGUACUUUCAUGGAUGAACAUGUAAAUCUAUGUAGCAGCAGUUCUGGAGUUUUCCCCAGCUGCUCCUGCAGAUUCUCCAGCCAGCUCCUGCCAGUUAAUGUCACAGCGACUGUCACUAUUGGAGAUCAGAAAAUCACAGAGAGACUGAAACUGAGGAGCUGCCCAGACGUCACAGAGACAUCACCAUAUGCUAAGUGUGUAGCGUGUGUCUCAGCUGGGUGUCAUUGGUCCAGCAGUAGUAAUCAGUGCAGCUGGGCUCACGGCUCUGCUUCACAGGUGGCAGUGAUGGACAAGUGUGAAGGAUUAUAUUCUGAGAGUAAUGCACCAGAGAUUUCCUCCUUGGAGCCUAAUCAGGUCUCCUUUCAUGGCAAAAAACAUGCAGUGCUGAAAGGAAGAAAUCUGGAAUUGGUAGAGAAAAUCCGCUUUCAUGGAGUCAUGGAGUGCACUUCAAAGGAGACUCCAGUGCUGGAGCGCUCCACUGACACUAUGAAGUUCAGCAUUCCGAGUGGAAAUAAAGGAACUGUGAGGGUGUGUGUGGUGACAGCAGAUGGCCGUUGUCAUAGUAACGCCAAAAUCACUUAUGGUGCUCGGCCUACCUGCACUGGACUGCAGCCUAGAAACACCUGGGCCAGUGGUAAGAGGAAGAUCACUGUGUUGGGGAACAAUCUGGAGUUUGUGGAUGAAGUUGUUGUUCAUCAAUAUGGCAAACCAAUCACCCUCAACUCAAACAAGACCUUCUGGUUCCACACUCAUGAUCAGAGAGAAUACAUGGGCUCUGGGCCGUUCACUGUCUCUCUCAUAGUGGGAAGCUCAACAGUGGACUGUGUAGAUAAACUGUCUUACCUCCCAGAUCCAGAAUUCACCAGCUUCUCCACCUCUAAAUUGGACAAUGAUGUGCUUGUCAACAUACAGCUCUCAUCUGUAGAACUGUGGGAGCAAAGGACACUGAAAUCAGAGUGGACUCAUUCAAGCUGGAAUAUUUAUCAGGGGUGUGGUCUCGAGACACAUGACUCAGAUCUCAUUCAGAUUUGAGUCGAGCAACUAAGGAUUUCUUGGCGGCCCUUUAUGGUCACAGCACACUACUCUUAGCGUGAGGUGUAGCGCCCAAACGUUCAAAAUGAGGUCCACACAAAUGCUUUGUAUGUGUAUUUGCAGACCACAGUGAUCGUAUUCUGUUAACUUUGUAAUGUGAUGCUGUAUAACAAGGUUUUGAGAUCUAAUGUCAUUAUCAGAUUACUUAUAUUACUGUGUCCGCUUUCACUAAUUCCUGCACCAUGUUACAUUAAAUUGUGAAUUUGUGAUUUUA